ACGUCGACGGUAGAAAAGCCUUAAACAAAACAAAAAAAAAAUGAGUGAAAUGGGUAUCAAUGGCGAAUGGCGGUCAUCCAAAGUCAGCACAGGGACAACAAUUAUAGCUGUGAGAUAUGACGGGGGAGUGGUGAUUGGAUCUGAUUCACGAGCCUCUAUGGGAGAAGAAUAUGUAUCAUCAAGAGUGAUCAACAAAGUUAUCCAGAUUCAUGACCAGAUAUUCUGCUGCAUGGCUGGAUCCCUUGCUGAUGCUCAGGCUGUCACAAAUGCUGUCAUCCAUCAGCUCGGUUUUCACAGCAUGCAAAUGGAGGAACCCCCCUUGGUCCAAUCUGCUGCCGCCAUUAUGAAGAGCUUCUGCUAUACCCAUCGAGACGAACUUAGUGCCGGGUUUAUUGUGGCUGGUUGGGAUCGCAAGAGGGGCCCUCAGGUGUUCCAGGUGUCUCUUGGAGGCAUGAUUGUGGAGCAGGAGUUUACUAUUGGUGGGUCUGGUGGCACCUAUAUCUAUGGAUAUGCAGAUGCCAAAUUCAAGCCUGGAAUGACCAGAGAAGAGUGUCUCACUUUCACAACUAAUGCCCUCUCAUUAGCUAUGGACAGGGACAAUGUGAGUGGCGGCGUUGUGCAUCUUGCCAUUGUGACGGAGAAGGGUGCAGAGAGGCAGCUGAUUCCGGGCAACAAACUGCCUGUUCUACAGCGCUUAGCAUAAGUGUCAGCAUUUUUACCUGUUGUUGUUUUCACUUGUGUGUAUUCUUAUGAAUUUUGCACUGUAAACAUUGAUCAUUACAUGAAUCAGUCAGUCAUUAAAAAGGCCAAAAACAUUA